AUGAAUUCGUUCAAUGAUUCGAAUGCUUCGUCAUUCGAUAAACGGAAACCUUCGACCAGUGGCAGCUUCAAACCCAAUAAUUUCGAUUUUGGUGGUAGAAGUUAUGUCAUUGCCAGUACUUUAAAGGAUAGACUGUCAGGGUCUCCCACAGUUCAUUCCACUUACCAGAUUGAUGAACAAACAGUUAAUCUGGCCAAUAUUGGGGUCACUGAUUCCCCUGACGAUAUGACUGAUCAAUUCCCUUCUCAAGGUAGUCUUCCUAUUGAUGAAGACGAUUUAGAUAUAGAUAAUGACUAUCAUGACUAUGACUAUAAUAGCACAUCCCCUGCAAUUGAGAUUCAUAAUCAAUUCAAUGAUGAUGUUUUGGUCCCUGCUGAUGAAACCGACCCAUUGUUGAACCCAGAUCAUAAAUAUCCUCCACAAAACCGUCAAUUCCAUGAUUAUGAAAUAGGACAAACCAGUCCACAAAAUCGAUGGUAUAGGUCGAUUUCCUACGACAUGUUGAUGAAACCUAUAAAUUUCAUACCGGCGGUGUUUUUAGGGACUUUGCUUAAUAUCUUGGACGGGUUGUCUUACGGAAUGAUCAUGUUCCCCUUAAGUGAAUCAGUAUUUUCCAAAUUAGGUCCUUCGGGAUUAUCCAUGUUCUAUAUGUCAUGUAUUGUGUCACAACUAGUUUAUUCCCUUGGUGGGUCAGCAUUUAAGAGUGGGAUUGGGUCAGAAAUGAUUGAAGUAACACCAUUUUUCCAUUCAAUGGCUUUAUCCAUCUUAGCUGAAAUGGGUGAGUCUAAUAAAGAUGCGGUUAUUGCUACUACCAUCGUCACUUAUGCUGUCUCUGCCAUCGUAACGGGUUCAAUCUUUUAUCUCUUAGGUAAGUUGAGACUUGGAUCGUUGGUAGGAUUCUUUCCAAGACACAUUUUGGUGGGAUGUAUUGGUGGAGUUGGGUAUUUCUUGGUCAUCACCGGUAUUGAAGUAUCGUCACGUCUUGAUGGUGGAGUUAUGUAUAAUUUGGCCACAUUCAAGUUCCUUUUUGGAGAUUCCAUAACGUUCUUCAAAUGGUUUAUGCCUUUGGUACUUACAGUGAUCUUGAUUUUGAUUCAACAUAGAUUCCACAAUUCCUUAAUUGUGCCAUUAUUCUUCAUCAUGGUGUUCUUAGUGUUCCAUUUGAUCGUGGCUGUAGUGCCAUCAUUCAGUUUGGCCUCAGCUAGAGAUCUUGGAUUCAUCUUCCCUAUGGUUGAAGAUAACGAGCCCUGGUACGGAUUUUACGAACUCUAUAAAUUCGAAUUGGUAGAUUGGUGGUGUAUUGCCCGUCAAUUACCUACCAUGUUGGCCCUUACGUUCUUUGGAAUCUUACACGUACCAAUUAACGUCCCGGCAUUGGCUGUAACUGUGGGAAUGGAUCAAUUCGACGUUGAUAGAGAAUUGGUAGCCCAUGGAUAUUCUAACGCCUUAAGUGGUUUGGUAGGCUCAAUCCAAAACUAUUUGGUAUAUACUAACUCGGUGUUAUUCAUACGUGCUGGUGCUGAUGAUAGAAUGGCCGGGGUGUUAUUAGCUAUUGCUACCGGAGUAGUGAUGAUCAUCGGUCCGGUAGUCAUUGGAUUUAUCCCUAUCUGUGUGGUAGGAUCAUUGAUUUAUCUUUUAGGGUAUGAAUUAUUAAAAGAAGCUCUUUAUGAUACUUACGGGAAGUUGACUAAGAUCGAAUAUUCCACUAUUAUCAUCAUUGUGGUGAUUAUGGGAGCUUGGGAUUUCGUUUAUGGAGUGUUGGCUGGGAUCUUAUUGGCUUGUCUUUCCUUCGUCGUUGAAGCUGCCACCACUCCUGUGGUACAAGGAAUCUAUACCGGAGUAGUGGCCAGAUCCACGGUGUUGAGACAUCCUAAACAGCAGGAAUUCUUAAAAGCUGUAGGAAAUCAAAUCUGUGUGGUUAAACUUCAAGGGACAUUGUUCUUUGGAUCAAUUGGAGGCGUUGAAUCAUCCAUUCGUUCUAGAUUCGAUGUGGACAACUUCAAACAAGAUCCGGUGAAGUUCCUUAUUUUGGAUAUGAAGGGGAUCGUUUCCAUUGACUUUUCUGCUGCUGAAGGGUUCAGAAGAAUCCUUAAUUUGUGUAACGAGUUUGAUACUCAAUUUAUCAUCUCUUCUGUUGAAGAUAAUGACGAUACAGUGAAAUCUUUAAAAGAUGUGGGAUUAUGGGAUAUUGACAGUAAGCUUAACAUUCAACUUUUCAAUACUUUGAACUAUGCAUUGGAAUGGUGUGAAUCAUCAUUCUUAUCGACCUACAAAUCCGUAGUAAAACAACAAAAGUUACCUGGUAAUGGAUAUGAUUCGCUUGGUAUGACACGGAAUAAAUCCAUAGUCAAACCAUCAUUGAAACAAUACGACGUUGGCUUUGGUACCACUCCUAGAACCAACCAAGUAUUCCAAGCAGCCACAAAAACCGCCAAAUCGGAAUCGGAAUCAACUUAUCAUUCCAAUAAUGAUUUCCAAUCCCGUAAACAACCUUUACCUUUAAUAAUGUUAACAUUCCGUAGUUUAAGUUCCAAAGAUGAAAGGUUUUGGAGUAAUAUCAGUAAAUACUUCGUCAAGGAACAAAUCCCCGAGAACUUCUCGUUCUACGAUACUUCCAUUAACCAACCAGCGUUCUUCAUUGUUGAAACUGGAUUGAUAAAAUCAGUCAUUAGACUUGAAAGUGAUCAAAGAGAAUUGGUUUCAAGUAUUUUACCAAUGACAGCUUUUGGGGAUUUAUUUGAAGACAAGUAUCGUCACAUUAGCUAUAGUACUGUUAGUGAUACAGUGGUAUGGAAAUUGACCACUUCCAAGAUUAAGGAAUUGGUAGAAAAAGAAGGGUUUGAAACCUAUAAUGAGUUAUUGGUCAUUCAUUCGAAGUUAUUAAGAGAAAGAUUUGAUACAAUGACGGCUAAUUUAGUUCUUCUGUAG